AUGAAGCGAGUUCUAGUGUUGCUGGUAGUGCUUAAAAUGUUCGCUUUAAGCGAGUCGCGAUUCGCCAAAAUAAACAUCAAUCUGGGACUAACCGUGGCCGAUGAAUCACCCAAGACGAUCACCGAGGACAUGAUUCGCCUGUGCGGGGAUCAAACGGAUAUUUCCCUCAGGGAGUUGCACAAGCUGCAGAGGGAGGACUUCUCGGAGCCCUCGGAAUCGGUGCAGUGCUUCACCCAUUGCCUCUACGAGCAAAUGGGUCUCAUGCACGAUGGCGUCUUUGUGGAACGCGACUUCUUUGGCCUUCUCUCGGAUGCCAGCAAUCCCGAUCUCUGGCCGGAACGCCAGUGCCACGCGAUUCGUGGCAGCAACAAAUGUGAGACCGCCUUCAAGAUUCACCAAUGCCGUCAGCAGUUGAAAGAGCAGCAGCAGAGCUCUUUGGCCACCAAGGAGGUGGAGGUGGAGGUCACCACCGCACCAGCCGAAUCCGAUGAACCGAAGCCUUAG